AUGCGUGAAUACAAAAUUGUUAUCCUCGGAAGUGGAGGGGUUGGAAAAAGUGCCCUAACAGUUCAAUUCGUUCAGGGUAUUUUCGUUGAGAAAUAUGACCCGACAAUAGAAGACUCGUACAGAAAGCAGGUGGAAGUAGAUGGUCAACAAUGCAUGCUUGAGAUUCUUGACACAGCUGGAACAGAGCAGUUUACAGCCAUGAGAGAUUUAUACAUGAAAAAUGGACAGGGUUUCAUCUUGGUAUAUUCAAUAACAGCGCAAUCAACAUUCAAUGACUUACAAGAUCUACGGGAACAAAUUUUGAGGGUUAAGGACACUGAUGAUGUUCCAAUGGUUUUGGUUGGCAACAAAUGUGAUUUGGAAGAUGAGAGAGUAGUGGGAAAGGAGCUAGGCAAACAGCUUGCACAACAAUUUAAUUGCUCGUUCAUGGAGACAUCCGCCAAAGCAAAAAUUAACGUUAAUGAUAUAUUCAAUGAUUUAGUUCAGCAAAUAAACAAGAAAUCACCGGAAAAGAAGCAGAGCAAGAAGAAAAAAUCAUUAUGCACUUUGCUAUAA